AUGUCCAACUUCCUCGCCGCUGGACCUUCCAUCGCCAUCGUCCAGACUGCACUGAGCUUCUUUCCUGACGCGGCCGUCAACGACACUCUAACAAGCUCCGCUAUCCCCAAGAUCGCCUACUUCUUCACCACCACUAGUCUCCUACUCGGUGUCGGGUGCUUCUUCUGGGUCCCCCUCGCGAACAAGUAUGGCCGAAGACCCGUCUAUCUUGCCAGCUACACCGUCUACUUUGCCGUGGCCGUAGCCCUGAUCUUUGUCAAGUCUUAUGGGGGCUUUCUUACUUGCCGGAUACUCAUGGGCUUUGGAGCUGGUGCCGCAGAAACGAUUGCCCCUAUUACGAUUGCCGACAUUUUCUUCCUGCACGAGCGGGGAGCAAUCAUGUCCUUCUACAACUGCGCCCUAUCUGUAGGUGUCGCCUUGGGCAUGGUCGUUUCAGGCCUCAUCACUAUCGAUUACGAGUGGAGAACCAUCUAUCAAGUUGGUUGUGCUCUCGUGGGUUUCGUCCUGGUACUCAUCUUUUUCUCCUUCCCAGAGACGGCCUAUAACCGCCAAUCAUUGACCAAUGAGUCUUUGCUAAGGAUGUUCCUUCGACCCUUUGGCCUUAUUAUACUUCCUCCUGUGCUUUGGGCCGCGCUCAUCCAGGCAGUCACCAUUGGUUUUCUAGUUGCUGUCUCGUCCAACGUGGACACGGCGUUUGAAGGAACCUACGGUUUUGACUCAUAUCAGGUCGGCCUCUGCUUCAUAGCCGCCAUCAUCGGAUCCCUGGUUGGCAUCCCUGCUGGCGGUCAUCUUGGAGACGUAGUGGCAGAUUAUUUUACCAAAAGGAAUGGAGGCAUUCGGGAGCCCGAGAUGCGACUCCCUGUCAUGGCGUUGUCCUUGGUUACCACACCGCUUUCUUUGACCCUGUACGGAGUUGGGAUCCAUCAUCAACUUCACUGGAUUGUCCCCACCAUUGGCCUGGGCCUUCUCAACUUUUCCGUCACGCAAGCGUCGUGCGUAUGCUUGGUCUAUGUGAUUGACGCCUACAGACCGGUUGCCGGCGAGGUCAGCCUAGCUGUGCUGGGCUUCAAAGCUCUAUUCGGUUUCCUUCUGUCGUUCUACACCAACCCCUGGAUAAACAACUCCGGAUACCAAAUCGCAUACGGCACGAUGGCUGGUAUCGCAGCCGCCAUCCUCAUCCUGUGGAUACCUUUGUAUAUAUGGGGCAAAAGAAUACGGUAUGCAACUUGGGACUGGCCACUUGUGUCCUAUAUCCAUUGGUAUGGCGACCGUGAAGUGGGAGAAUAG